GUGAAGCUGAAAUCUGGAUGUUUUCUGCAGCAUCUGCGUUUAGAUGAAGUAUACUGCUUGUUGUCAGUAAGAAAUACCGCAGAGCUGGCAGAGUAUUUCCAGCUCCUGGAUGUUCAUUGAAAGAAUUACCUUAACAAUCUGCAGUUUUAUUGCUUUCUCCGUUACGUGAUCGACCUGAAUAAGGACCAGAUCAUGCUGCUGUUCAACUUGCUGGACCGAAACACGAGGGGGAGGAUUUGCUUUAAUGAGUUCUACGUGGUGGCAUGCAUCCUCCUGUCCCACAAGAACCAUCUUGAAAAGCAGUUCAUCCACCAGCACGCAGGACCUGCCUUUCAACUGCUGGAUGUAGACGGGGAUAAUAUGAUUGAUUUCAAUGACUUUGAAGCCACAAGGUUUCUCUUCAACAUCCAGCAAGAAGAACUUAAGAAGAUAUUCAAGGACUUUGAUAUUUCUGGAGGUGAGCAAUGGAACUACAGGGAAUUCAAGAUGUUUGCAGUCUUCU